UUGUUGCCGAUCUGCGAGAUGCAGGAAACGCUCCACGGCCUGGGCCCGUUCGUCUUCUGCUUGGGCCGCAUCACCACCUUGGGCGUGGCCGAGGCGUCCACCACGCACAGCAUCGGAUGGCCCUCGUUCACCGGUGUUCUCUCGGGGUCGUCGAAUAUCUCCUGCGACACGGACGUGCAGCCGAGCGCCCCCUCGAAUCUUCGAUACGUAGCCACGCUGCUCUGCAGAUCCUCCGACGAGACCGACUGCCUCUCCACGUCCGAAUCCUCCGUCGUGUAUUCGCCGCUCGCAUCGCAGCUAUCCAACGGCUGUAACGUGGAUCGUCCCUCGUGGCCCCGUACGUUGUUCAAUUUCAGCCAUUCCUUGAUCCUCGCGUACUUGGCCCUGUGAUUAUUCGCGAUACCGCUACCCUUGUCGUCGAGAAUCAGCUGAGAGAAGGUCCUCGGGGCGCCGUUGCGCCUCUCCUC